AUGAAAGACAGAGCAAGCAAGAAAAAUAUUACUACUCUAACAGCACUAAAAGGUGAGAUUCUGAUAGACUCUAAGAGUGUCAAGAGGGAGAUUGUUGAUUUCUAUAAGUCCCUUGUGGGAACUGCAGAUACAACUCUACCUGCAGUUAACAUGCAAAUUCUGAAAAAUGGACCCCAACUGAAGCAUCAACAAGCAGUGGAACUAGCCAAAGAUAUAUCCAAACAAGAAGUAGAUGAAUGUAUGCAGGCUAUUGGUAUGAUGCCUAAGGCCAUUAACUGUACUACAGUUACUCUAUUGCCUAAGAUCACCAAUCCUACUAAUAUCAAGGACUACAUACCUAUAUCUUGUUGUUCUGUGCUGUAUAAGAUCAUCUCCAAAAUCUUAGCAUCAAGAUUGCAGAAAGUAAUGGGGUACUUAAUUGAUAGUGCUCAGGUCAUGGAAGGUCUGGGUUUUCCUCAUAACUUCGAUCAGUGGGUGUCAUCCUGUAUUCAUAGUGGGGAUAAUCAAUCUGUGGCAAUGUUAAAGCACUGUUUUGAUCAGUUCUCUACAGCAUCUGGGUUAAAAGUUAAUCUAAACAAAAGUUCAGUCUAUUUUAGUGGAGUGUGCAAUAUGGAACAAGAACUUAUACUUCAGCAACUGGGGUAUGUACAAGGUGAACUACCAUUUAGGUAUUUGGGCGUCCCUCUUACUACCAAAAAGAUGAGAGUGAAACAAUGGCAGCCAUUGAUUGACAAGAUAGUAGCUAAAAUUUCAUCCUGGACUGCAAGGAAGUUGUCAUAUGCUGGUAGAGUUCAACUUAUUAGAACUGUAGUGUUUGGAGUGCAAUUUUACUGGUCUCAAAUAUUCUUGUUACCCUCCAAGAGUGCUGGAGGGCUAAACAUCCUGAACCUCAAAAGAUGGAACAAAGCAGCCAUUCUCAAAAUGCAAUGGGAUCUAGCAACAAAGGCAGACAGACUAUGGUUCAAAUGGGUCCAUAUGUACUAUAUAAAAGGGCACCCUUUAGCUAAUAUCAAUGUGCCUAAGCAAGCGAGUUGGAUGGUUCAAAAGAUCAUGACUGUUGCCGGCCCAAAGCCACAGCUGCAGGGAGAUAAAAGUAAAUGCAGUGUGAUCAAACAGUUGUACUUGCAACAACUGGGAUCAUUAGCUAAAGUCGAGUGGAAAGCUACCAUGUUCAAGAAUCUAGCUAGACCUAAAGUAAUGUUUGCUAUGUGGCUGAUCAUACAAGAAAGAAUGAUGACAAUUGACAGGCUGAUCAAGCGGAACAUAAAUGUGGAUCCAAUAUGUAUUUUUUGUGGAAUUCAUCCAGAGACUCAUGCCCAUCUAUUCUGCGAAUGUACUGUCACUACUGGAUUAUGGGCAGAAAUUUUCAAUUGGUUACAUAUCCAGAUGCAAAUAAAGACAUGGGAUCACCUAGUAUCCUGGUUUGUGGAGAAAACAAAGAAGAAAUUUGUUGAAGGGCAGCUAUUGCGACUGGUGUUAGCUGAAACUCUGUAUAGUAUAUGGACAAAAAGAAACCAUAGAAUAUUUGAUAAGGUAAAUAGAGAUAGUAAGAGUAUCAUUAGAGAGAUAGCAUACAUUUGUAAUAUACAGGCUGUAGGCAAGCUUAAAGAAGUUCAGCAGCACAAGCUUCUGUAG